AUAUGGGCGAACUGUAACAACUUUAGUCUAACUGCUGUCCGGCGCAUUCGUUAUCGGUGUUUAUAUUUAUUUUAUCGGCCGACAUGUCGGAUACGUGGAGCAACAUUCAGGCGCACAAAAAACAACUCGACUCACUGCGAGAAAGACUCCAGCGGCGGCGAAAAGACCCUUCGCAACUCGGCGCAGAUGUGGGAGGCAGCACAGAUGGAGCUACAGCCAGGAGUGAUAGUCCAGCGCCAUCUCUCCAGUGCACCACCCCAGAGGAGACUGAACACCCACCAGACCCCGAACUGGAGAAGAGGCUGCUGGGAUAUCUUUCAGAUCUGAGUCUCUCAAUGCCAACAGACUCUCUAACCAUCACCAAUGAACUCAACAGUUCUGAAGCACCCAUCACUCAUGGCUGCAUCCAAAGCCUGCUGCUAAAGUUUUCUGCUCAGGAGCUGAUCGAGGUCCGGCAGCCCUCCCUGACUUCCUCUACGGCAACAUCUUCCUCUUCCUCCUCCACACUUGUUAUAUCGGUGGACCACACAAAACUAUGGGCCAUGAUUGGGACUGGUGUUGGGGCUGUGGCCCAAAGACCUGGAGUCAAGAGAAAAGCAGAAGACCAAAUACACAAAAGAGGACUAGGCUCCUCUCCAUCUCUCCAGAGUGCUCCCUCACCUCCACACACUUCCUCCAUCUCCUUAGCUCCGGCUUCCUCCUCGCAGCUUGCUGGUCCAUCAGAUUGGAAGGCCGGUUUGUCAGGGAGCGGCGCUGAUAAGAAGGGCAGGACCAGUAAGAACCAGUCAUCUCACCUGGACAUGGAGAUUGAGAGUCUACUGAACCAACAGUCCACCAAGGAACAACAGAGCAAGAAGGUAAGCAGAGAGAUUUUGGAGUUGCUUAACACCAGCACAGCAAAAGAGCAGUCAAUUGUGGAGAAGUUUCGUUCCCGCGGCCGGGCUCAGGUGCAGGAGUUCUGUGACCAUGGGACCAAAGAGGAGUGCGUACGUUCCGGGGACUUGCCUCAGCCCUGCACCAAGUUACAUUUCAGACGCAUUAUCAACAAGCACACAGAUGAGAGCCUUGGCGACUGCUCCUUCCUCAACACCUGUUUCCACAUGGACACCUGUAAAUACGUCCACUAUGAGAUCGACAGCCCACCGGAGGCUGAGGGCGGCCUUCUCGGGCCACAGGCGGGGGCCACGGAGCUCGGCUUGCACGCGGGAGACACAGACAGCAACGUGGGCAAGCUGUUUCCUUCGCAGUGGAUCUGCUGUGACAUCCGCUACCUGGACGUGUCUAUCCUGGGUAAGUUUGCGGUGGUGAUGGCCGACCCGCCCUGGGACAUCCACAUGGAGCUGCCCUACGGCACACUGACCGACGACGAGAUGAGAAAACUCAACAUCCCCAUUCUCCAGGAUGAUGGCUUCCUCUUCCUCUGGGUCACCGGCAGGGCUAUGGAGCUGGGCAGGGAAUGCCUCAGUCUUUGGGGCUAUGAUCGUGUCGAUGAGAUCAUCUGGGUGAAAACCAACCAGCUUCAGAGGAUCAUCCGCACAGGGAGGACCGGCCAUUGGCUGAACCACGGGAAGGAACACUGCCUGGUGGGUGUGAAGGGAAACCCUCAGGGAUUCAACAGAGGUUUAGACUGCGAUGUCAUUGUGGCAGAGGUCCGCUCCACCAGUCACAAACCAGACGAGAUCUAUGGGAUGAUUGAGAGGCUGUCUCCGGGCACCAGGAAGAUUGAACUCUUUGGUCGACCCCACAACGUCCAGCCUAACUGGGUGACUCUGGGAAACCAGCUGGAUGGCAUUCACCUCUUGGACCCGGAUGUCGUGGCCCGCUUCAAGAAGCGCUAUCCGGACGGCGUCAUCUCUAAACCCAAGACCAUGCAGUGACGUCCCCGCCGGCCGUCUCACCUUUUAGUGGGGACUUCUGUUGCUCAGUGCAACCCUGUAGACUUGACAGGUGAACCACUUUAGACUGCCUUUUUUAUUCAUUUGUUUGUUAUACUGAUGAAGUACUUUUUUAAAAUAAAUUUGACUGACAAAACACCUCGUUUGUUGUCAUCACAAGCAGAAGUUCUGGAGCAAGAGUCAUUUGGAUGAUGUGACUUUUCAGUGUUCUCAGUUGUAUUUUCUACUGUGCCAGUGUUUUUGACAAUUUGCUAUUGACUUUGCCUUGUCUAAAAUUGACACAGCAGCCAUAACCAACAAAAUGACAGGAUGUAUUUUUUAAUGUACAGUUUUUUUUAUUAUUUUUUUAGUAAGCUGUUAGUAGAAAUUGGUCUUUGACAUACUAUAGAUUCAAACAGUUGAUAACUGGGUACUUUAUGAAAUGUGGAAAUUUGAGUUUUUUGUUUUUUGUUUUGUGAAAGUCACACGGGGUCAUUCCUUGCAUUCACGACCGUCUACUGUCCUCGGAUAGAGAACGCCAAAUGUGCUGCCAUUACAAACCCUCAUCCGACACAUCUAUCUUUAUAGUUCAUGAAGAAUUAACGCCGUACCCAAUGAAAUAAGAACAAAGGUUUCUCUCUUAUUAAAGACUGAAAAAGGAAACAAAUGGUGAAAGACGUUUUCAGCCAACAGGUGUAAAACAGCUAACGGAGGCCUGUCUGUAAUCAGUGCCGCUUACUUCCUGUGGUGCUCCGUCACUGACUGCCCAGUAACUGAACGCAAAAACGCCAUUGCUGAGCACUGUUUUUCUGUGUUGCCUGCAAUUCCUGUACAUGAUGUGUCCUCACUUGAUCCCCAGCACAUGUUUUUUUUCGUCUUCUUUUUUUGUUACGGUCUGUUAUUGUGUGUGUGCAAUUUAAAGUAAAAGUACAUUUUCUCCAUGUGCUGAUUGUCGCUGUAUUGUUUCCACAUCAUACAUGACGUCUUCGUUGCCUUUUUUUUUCCUCUGUUAAUAUUUUGUGACCUGCUUUGCAUGCACCGUGAUAAAAUGAGCUAACUUCCCAUUCAAAAUUAUGCACACAAGCCAGUCAAGAAAGAAAAAGAAGUAAAUGAGGGCAAGUAGAAAAAUGAAGUGACCAAAAAGGAAAAAUUCAAAUAAUGCACUUGUUGGUAAAGAUGCUGUAAACAAGCCUCGGGUUUGUUUCUUCCACCAGCGUUCAGGUCCACUAGAGACGUGAGACUGGUCUGUCAGGGCUCGGCCGGUUCAGGGGUCAGUCUUUACAUUAUCACAGUGAUGAAGAUGUAAUCUGCUCAUACUGAAGACAGAGUCUUUCCCCCUGCAGUCUCUUUCUGGUUGUCGGUCAGCGUCUGAGAGCAAGUCUUCCUUAGAGCCAUGAGGAGGAAGAGGACAAUGCUGAUUGUAAUGUGAAUAGUGGAGCAAACAACUCGCUCUCCAACUCAAAAUUGGCAGUGUGUGUGUGUGUGUGUGUGUGUGUGUGUG